CGGAGGCUGCGGCGGGGCGGCCCGAGGGCCGGGACCGUGCCGGGUCGGGCCGUGCCGGGCCAAGCCGAGUCGAGCCGGGGGUGCCUGAGCGCGGCGGCGACGGCUGACAGGAGAGCGGGUGGUGCGCGGUGCGGGGUCCGGGCGCAGCGCCGCCCGGCUCCCUCCCUCUCCUCCCCGCCGCGGCCAUGGCGGCCAGCGCGAAGCGGAAGCAGGAGGAGAAGCACCUGAAGAUGCUGCGGGACAUGACCGGCCUCGCGCACAACCGCAAGUGCUUCGACUGUGACCAGCGGGGCCCCACCUACGUGAACAUGACCGUGGGCUCCUUCGUGUGUACCUCUUGCUCCGGCAGCUUGCGAGGUUUAAAUCCACCGCAUAGGGUGAAGUCCAUCUCUAUGACAACAUUCACACAACAAGAAAUUGAAUUUCUGCAAAAACAUGGGAAUGAAGUGUGUAAACAAAUUUGGUUAGGAUUAUUUGAUGAUAGAUCUUCAGCAAUUCCAGACUUUAGGGACCCACAAAAAGUGAAGGAGUUUCUACAAGAAAAAUAUGAAAAGAAAAGAUGGUAUGUUCCUCCUGAACAAGCAAAAGUUGUGGCAUCUGUUCAUGCAUCUAUAUCUGGGUCCUCUGCUAGUAGUACAAGCAGCACACCUGAGGUCAAACCACUUAAAUCUCUCUUAGGAGAAACAGCACCAGCCUUGCACUUGAAUAAGGGCACACCCAGCCAAUCCCCUGUUGUAGUUCGCUCUCAAGGACAGCAGCAGGCAGAAAAGAAGCAGUUUGACCUCCUGAGUGACCUUGGCUCAGACAUCUUUGCUGCUCCAACUCCGCAGUCAACUGCAACAGCAAAUUUUGCUAACUUUGCACAUUUCAACAGUCAUACAGCUCAAAAUUCUGCAAAUGCAGAUUUUGCAAACUUUGAUGCAUUUGGACAGUCUAGUGGUUCGAGUAAUUUUGGAGGUUUCCCCACAGCAAGUCAUUCUCCUUUUCAGCCCCAACCUACAGCAUUUAGAAUGCUAACAUCCAGCUGCAGUUAUGGGGAAUUUACUUCAGCUUUUCCUCUCCACGCUGUCCACAGUGGAAAUGUGGCAUCAGUAAAUGCUAAUUUUGCCCAUUUUGAUAACUUCCCCAAAUCCUCCAGUGCUGAUUUUGGAGCCUUCAAUUCUUCCCAGAGCCAUCAAACUGCAACAGCCAUCAAUAAAGUUGUAUCAAAAAAGGCUAAUCUUCAAACAGCUGACAAAUAUGCGGCACUUGCUAAUUUAGACAAUAUCUUCAGUACUGGGCAAGGUGGUGACCAAGGAAGUGGCUUCGGUACAGUAGUUAAGGCUCCAACAGGUGCUGCUGUUUCAACACCAAGUCAGUCAAGUAUAUCGUCAGACAAGUAUGCAGCGCUAGCAGAAUUAGACAGUGUUUUCAGCUCAACAGCGACUUCUAGUAAUGCAUAUACUUCUACCAGUAAUGUUAGCAGCAAUGUUUUUGGAACAGUGCCAGUGGGUGCUGCUACACAGACACAAUCUGCAUCUUCAAGCGUGCCUGCUCCAUUUGGAGCUACACCUUCCACAAAUCCAUUUGUUGCUGCUCCUGGUCCUUCUGUGGCAUCUUCUACAAACCCAUUCCAGACUAACACCAGAGGAACAACAGCGGCAACAUUUGGGACAGCAUCCAUGAGUAUGCCUACAGGAUUCGGAACGCCUGCCUCCUACAGUCUUCCGACUAGCUUUAGUGGCAGUUUCCAGCAACCUGCUUUCCCAGCCCAAGCAGCUUUUCCUCAACAAACUGCUUUCUCUCAGCAGCCCAAUGGCUUUGCAGCGUUUGGACAAAGCAAACCAGUGGUGACCCCUUUUGGUCAAGUGGCAACUGCUGGAGUGUCUAGUAAUCCUUUUAUGGCUGGUGCACCAACAGGACAGUUUCCUACAGGAAGUUCAUCAACCAACCCUUUCUUAUAGCCUUAGAGACACUUUACUGGAACGGACUUUUAUUGUGGUCACCUAACAUCUCUCCGCCUCUUGCACUGUUGUCUCGUUUCACUGAUUUAGCUUUAAACACAAGAGAAGUCUUUAAAAAGCCUGCAUUGUGUAUUAAACACCAGGUAAAAUGUGCAAAACAGAGGGCUCUGACAACAUCUUUUAACAUGUGAAUUGGCAGAAAAGGUAGCGGUAUCAUGUAUAGUAAAAUUGGCUAAUAAGUUAUUGCAGAUGCCACGUUCAUUAUGCUGCAGUACUGUACAUAUUUUUUUUCUUAGGAAUUAGCUAUUUGUGCAUAUCAGUAUUUGUAACUUUAACACAUUGUUUGUGUGAGAAAUGUUACUGGAGAAAUAGAUCAGCCACUUUAAGGUGCUGUCAUGUCUCUUGGAAUGAAUGAACUGAAUCAUUUGAUCCAUUGCUACUGGAAGUUCUGAAGUCAAGAUUGGGAGGUUUUAUUCAUCAUUUUUUUUCUUUCCUAAAGAGCUCUUCUAUUUAUACAUGCCUAAGUUCUUUAAAAUGUAGAGGGAUACCUGUCUGCAUAAUAAAGCUGAUCAUGUUUUGCUACAGUUUGCAGGUGAAAAAAUAAAUAUUAGAAAAUUU